UUUGAAGUCUGACUGUUGUUUCAGCGCCGGUGUAUUUUGACGCGACACAGAUAUGGGUUCACAUGUAUGCAGAAAACAGAUAGUGCGAUGGAUGUGGAGAUGGAGUGUUUGUCCUGUGGCGGUGAGCAGUGGUCAUAUGCCGUUCUGCUCCACACAACAAGAGCCCCAUCAAGCAAAUCCAUCUCACACCAGUCAGGUCACCCACAGCCCUGGGAAUCAGCUCACCCUGUGCUCUUUGCUCGAGAUGGGCUUCUCAGAAUCUCAAGCCAAGGAGAUGCAUGAAGGUGCUAUGAAGAGCCGCGGGAAACAUGUUCCAUCUGUUCUGACAGCGCUGUUGCUCCUGGGCUUAAAUCCCUCCAGUAUCCUGAAAAUAAUGCAGAAGUGUCCAGAAGUAUAUUCACUUAAAGGUGCAGACUUACAGCAGCACAUCGAUCAUCUGAGGAAGAUGGGACUGGUAGAAGGUAGUCUGCAGAGGAUGAUCAGUCGCUACCCCGAAGUCAUGCUUCUGUCAGUCAAGAGGGUAAACAUGGUGUCCCGACUGCUCAGAGAGAAAUGCCUCUUCACCAUCCAUCAGGUCACAGACAUCCUCAGAGACUCACCUGAGGUUUUGGAGGAGGAUUUGGCCAAGCUGGAGUACAAAUUUCAGUAUGCAUAUUUCCGUAUGGGUGUGCGGCAGCCAGAGAUGGUAAAGGCAAAGCUGUUCAGGUUGUCUCUCUCUGAGCUCCGGUGCCGUCACUGUUUUCUGGAACGGAGGGGACUGUACCAGACGCCAGACAAAAAGGGCCAAACUCUCAUCCUUAACCCCCCGCUCAAAGACAUCCUCUGCGUCUCUAAGGAAACCUACCUGACGCAGGUCGCCAUGGCAACUGCAGAGGAGUUCCAUGUUUUUCGCAAGCUGAUGGCAAGAGAGCAAGAGGCAGAAGGGAGGGAGGAUCCUCUUAUUUUAGUUGUCCGAAAUCUGUCCACAGGUAGUCUGCAGAGGAUGAUCAGUCGCUACCCCGAAGUCAUGCUUCUGUCAGUCAAGAGGGUAAACAUGGUGUCCCGACUGCUCAGAGAGAAAUGCCUCUUCACCAUCCAUCAGGUCACAGACAUCCUCAGAGACUCACCUGAGGUUUUGGAGGAGGAUUUGGCCAAGCUGGAGUACAAAUUUCAGUAUGCAUAUUUCCGUAUGGGUGUGCGGCAGCCAGAGAUGGUAAAGGCAAAGCUGUUCAGGUUGUCUCUCUCUGAGCUCCGGUGCCGUCACUGUUUUCUGGAACGGAGGGGACUGUACCAGACGCCAGACAAAAAGGGCCAAACUCUCAUCCUUAACCCCCCGCUCAAAGACAUCCUCUGCGUCUCUAAGGAAACCUACCUGACGCAGGUCGCCAUGGGAACUGCAGAGGAGUUCCAUGUUUUUCGCAAGCUGAUGGCAAGAGAGCAAGAGGCAGAAGGGAGGGAGGACGAAUACAGCAUUGAUGAGGAGUUAGGGGAGGAUAAAGAUGAUGAUGAUGACAAUGGACUGCACAGGAAAAAGCGUCACUGGAACACUGGUUACAAGAAGGACAGGAAAUGAGGCAUUUUGUAUUAAAUAUUCAAAAUGAAUAAAAACGAUUUCAU